AUGUUGCUGCUGCUGAUCCUGUUGUUGAAUAUUACAGCUUCAAAGACUUUAGACUCCGACUACGCCGGACGUGUGAACUACACAGAGAUGACAAACUCAAGAUCAACAGACCCGAGAGAGAGAGACGCGGGGGAAUAUCGCUUCAUGCUCAUUACGGAUAAAGGAGAGAAAUACGUGAGCUCAGCUGGAGUUACUCUGACAGUUACAGAUCUGCAGGUGAUCCGUCACUACAAAAGUCAAGCUCUAAUCUGCCACACUUCCUGUCAUCUAACCUUUGCUGCUAAUGUGUACUACUGGUGUUGGAAGGAGCUGUAUGAGGGUGACCUACCCAGACAAGAGAGUUUGGAACCUUUGGAAGGGUCUUCAGUGGAAAUUGUGGAAAAAGUGCUUUCCAGUGGACAGAGUGUUAAAGAAGUAUUCUGGCAUUCUUCUAAGGACUUCAAGGACCUGAAGCAUGAGUUUACUAAUCGAGUUGAAUAUGUGAAGCAAGACAGAAACUGCACUCUGAAAAUGAACCAGCUGAGAAAGAAAGACUCUGGAGAAUAUCGGCUUAGAGUAGUUUAUACAUCUAACCGAAUCUCGGGUAGACCUGGAGUGGUUCUUAAUGUUACAGAUCUGCAGGUAAGACUGAGUCACUAUGCAGGGUCAUCAGAAGAACGGACGACAGUAACGCUGAGCUGCAUCACCUCCUGCACUCUGUCCAACAGCCCCACUUACCUGUGGUACAAGAACAGACAGCCUGUUACUGAUAAACUCACCAAACACAACAAACUCUACCUCUUCUUCAGCGAAGAUGCAGGGAACUACUCCUGUGCUGUGAAAGGACGUGAGGAUCUUCGCUCUCCUGAACAAACUGUUAGACAGAACCAAGCUGUAGUGUGGAAGCUGUAUGCUGUAUGGGGAGCUGCUGCUGCACUUGUUCCUGCUUCUCUCUCUUCUUAUCGCCGUCCUGUGUGUUAAGAGGAAGAAAAGAGCAGAAAGAGACAUUCAGCUACUGAGAGAACUUUUCACUUCGUGUUUUAAUCUUCUUAAAGUUCCUAUAAAUCUGUUAAUAAAUAAAAACUAAAGAGGUUUUCUCUUCAAUUCUCUCAGUGUGUUCCAACGCCUGGAGAUGACACAUACACAGCGCUGAACCUCAUGACUGUGUCCCCAGAAUAUGACACACUGCAAAAUAUUAAAAGCUCUGCCAGUGACACUUACACCACCCUGAACCCUGCACCCAUGUGCUCUGAUUAUGAUACACUGAGGGUAAGUAAGUGUGUGUCUGCAUGCGUCUGCGUGUGUCUGCAUUUGAUGUUCCAUAUGCUGAAGUUUAAUUCAAUCCAAACACAAAGUCAACAGUCUUACAACAUGUUUCAUGAAUACGCAAAUAAUAGGCCAAAGGCUCAUAACAUACGCACAGAGAAUAAAACUUUACAUUGGACAGUAUUGCUUUUGUCUUAAUUGAGGGUCUGGUCUUAUUUGUCUUUGUUUCUGGAUUUGUGUUGGCUUGCUUUCUUUAAUUGUUUUUAAUAUCGGAGAUUUUAACUUGUAUAUGAAUAUACAUAAUGUGUAUAUGUAAGUGUAGUAAAGCGUGAUGUUAUAUGUUUUGAAGUCAAUUUAGGUUUACAUUAGGUUUUUUUCAUGAAUAAAAUUACAAUCAGGAACAUGAUAAGGAUAUAAAUGUUUUCUCCCAAAUUAUAGGAUUGUCAUCAGUACGACAUUUUAUCUGUAAAUGCUUCUGUGAACAAAUGAAAUCAUUUUCAGUGUGAUAAAUACACCCACGGUGUGUGUACUUAUGUGUGUGUGUCUGUGCAUCUGUGCUGCCAUUGAUAGAGUUUUUACUUCUCUAAACUCUUACACCAACAUUAUUAUUUAUGGCAUUAUUUAUAUUUUAUAUACAUUAUUUUAACAUUUAUUUACAUAAUUACAUAUGUAAUUAUGUAAUAUAUUAUUUACAUAUUUACAUAGCAUUAUUACAUAUUUUAUCUUAAUUUGUGCAUUUUACAGAAAUGAAACAACCUGCAACCACAGUCUCUGGGAGUAAGUGUGUACUCUAUAAGUGUGUGUUUGUGCAAAAGGAUGUUUGUUUAAGGACUGAAGUUGCAAAAAGAAUUUCUGUCUCAUGUAAAAGUCAUUCAUUUGUGUCCGUUCACUCGGUUCUGUAAUGUUGACUAAAAUUGUUGUUAAUGUCUUUGUAUUUAGUUAUUUAAACAUUUUAAAACUUUGAUGUCAUUUGUUAUUUUUAUGUCUUGUAAACUAGAACAAAAUGAUGAUAAAGUAAGGAAUACACACCUCCCUGUACAGAAAUUCUAUUUUGCCUGAUGUGUUACUGUCCAAUGUUUAAAAUGUUUCUAUGUACA